CCUGACAGCUGCAGCCUCCUUGCCCGCACCCUCACCCCACAGCUUGCCAAGGGAGCCAGGCACACGCAAGAUCUGCACUCGCCACUGCGUCGCUUCCUCUUGGACAGCCGCAGAAGGCGGCGGAUGAUUGCCCUUGCGCCCGAGUGGGGACCUGGACCGAGUCCGUAGCCGUUUCGGCUCAAGGGGGGUGCAGCCAGCGUUGUUUCGACACUUUUGCAACCGCGCCGCGCCCCCGCGCCGAUGCGCGACCCAGAGAUGAGCGGCCACGAGGACGGUGAGCCAGCGGCCCCUUGCCCAAGCCAGGAUACCCCCGUGGAGUGCGCACUUUCAAGAGAGGUGCCCAGCGCGCUGGCGGCCCUGGAGGAGCAGCUGUCUCAGGAGGUCCCCCUGCUGCUGGAGUCGAUGAACCGCACCUCCGCGGAGGUGAACAUGUUCGAGGCGCGAGCUGGAGAGGCACAACGGCGGUACCAGGACUUGUUGGCCGACUGGAGCCAGAUGUACGAGUCCCUGCACGCUCAGUUCGGCAGCGCCAUCGACCGCGUCAAGCCGUACUUCGACGCCGCGCAGGUGUUCGCGGCGGCGUCGCAGAGGGUGCAGGGCGCCGUGCGAGAGUUCUCCACCGCCUCCUCCCAGCACGCGCGCGCGAAGGAGCGCCUGAACGAGCUGGAAAGGAUCAUGGAGCCAGGCUCGCACAACGUGCUCCUCGACGGGGAAAUGCAGGACGGCCUCUCGCGCGCGACGGUCGAGGUCACCCGGUGCCAGCGGGAGCGUGACCGGCUCGAGGGCGAGUACGCGAAGGCGCUCAAGGAGUACCAGAAGAGCCAGAGGGACCUCGAGGCAUGGCGCGCUCACAUUGGCGACGCCACGAUCAAGCGCACGCUGCCGUGCUUCCGGCAGCUGCACCAGCAGCAGCUGAAGCUGGCCUCGGAGCAGAAUCGCAUCAGCGCCUUCGCCGACCGCGCCAGGGCCGCGAAGAGCGCGUACGGCACCUCCAUGCGCGAGCUGGACCGCAUCAGCACCGCGAUCCACGCGGCGCGGCGAGACCACGCCGAGGGCAGGCUUGCGCCCGCGCCGGCGGCGGCCCGCCAGCGGGGGGCCGGCGGCUCGAGGCCCACGGUGGCCGCCCAGCCGGAGGACUCACCGGAGGCGACGCUGGAGCUCGCUCCAGAGGUCGCGCGCGUCUUCGGCGAGGAGUGUUCGAGCUGCUCGGCGGAGAAGGCGCGCACUCCGCCACGGCGGCUGUCGGUCGCGGCGCUGGCGCCGGAGGACGACGGACCCUUCGCGUGAGCGGCGCCAUCGUGAUCGUCGGAGGAGGAUAGAACCCCCACCCUGCCAAGGCGAUUGGCGGAUGGCCCCUGUCGUAUAGGGGUGUCGUUCUGAAGGUCGCAGAAGCUCGCGAGCCGUCUUGCACACAGCGGACGCGGCCCCAGGCAUGCACUGUUCCGCUUGCUCUUCCUGUUGGUCCUCCUUCUCGGCGGGCUCCUCCCUCUUCCCUCUCCAGCUAUUGCCCUCUGCACAGAAAUGCUCUAAUCGCCGUUCGCUUCUUUGCACUGCGCUGUACAGAGACUCGAACGAGCGCCGCAGAAAAAGCAGUAAAAGAUAACCAUGAAAUUGGACUGAAAAGUGUAGGCGAAUGUGGCUGGUUGUGUCUCGCCGGCGUCGUCUUAGAUUGGUUUCGGGGUUGGUACUGUGGUCUUCGAGCGCCCUCCCCAGGAUGACUGAUCGUGAGUCAAUGGGCACAAGUUAUGCCAACGGCAAAGGAGUUCUUCAAGCGCCUUUCUUUAGCCC